AAGCAGUAGUCUCAUCAUAAAAAUAGAUUUCUUAUGACCCAUUAUACAUAAAAAUAUCUCCAGUGUCUGGAGACACAUUUGCAUACAACAGUAAUGCUGACAGUGCACCCAUAGAGACGCUCUUCAGCCUGGCCAGUGCUGACUCCAGAAGGAUCAGAUGAUUUAAGAGACUCUUCAUGAGAUAACCACUAUUCUAGUGAUAAACAUGUCAAAUAAGAUGGACUGAUCAACUCUAAAGUCAUGGUUUGACAGAGAGAACCAGAUGAAGAGAGAGGAGACAGGGAGGACAGUCACCCUGAAGUGACAGCCCUCCUGAGGACAUGGCACCCAUCAUUAAAGAUGACAUCAGAGCAGGGAGGGCCUUCCACGUGAGGUAGAUCCUCCACGAUGCUGGAGCCAUUCUGGGUAUAAAUACCUUGAGCCCAGUGCCCUGGGAAGCAGCAGCUGCCACUCAGACAGGCAGACUCCACGACUAAGGAUAUUACAGUACAGCGCCAGGACAGCAGCCUCCCAACCCCCCCACCCACUGUUUCUUGGAGCGUAAACCUUCCCGGUUUAGCUUCACAAGAUGGACCUGAGGGUAACAAGUGUGCUCCUUGUCCUCCUCGCUUUGGCUGAGGCCACCCCUGAGAGGUACUACCAUGUGCCAAAAGUGAGCAAGACACCCUACCCUGUCAAGAGUCAUGCUGUUAGAGGCCAAGACGGUCCUCCAGGUCCUCCAGGUGAGCCAGGUCAGGCAGGACCAAUGGGACCUCCUGGACCUCCUGGAAAGAGUGGUACAGGACAUCCUGGACCAAAGGGCCCACCAGGACCUCCCGGCUCCCCCGGCUACUCUCAAGCAGGUAAACCUGGUUCCCCAGGUGGCCCUGGGAAACCAGGUAGCCCUGGUCUCCCAGGUGAGAGAGGUGCACCUGGUGCAACUGGACCUAUGGGUCCCAGAGGUGCACCUGGUCUAAACGGAUCACCUGGACCUGCUGGAAUUUCUUCUGUUGGAAAAUCUGGACCAGCUGGCAUACCUGGGGCAAUGGGACCAAGAGGAGAACCUGGUUUGAAGGGCCAUCCUGGUGUUCCUGGUAUUCCAGGUGCCAAAGGAGAGAGAGGUAUUGGAGUUCCUGGGGUUCAAGGACCACCAGGCCAAGUUGGACCAAUGGGCCCAUCUGGUAUGCCUGGCAAACCUGGAGUUGGUAAACCAGGUGCCACUGGCUAUCCUGGAGAACCAGGCAAGUCUGGCAUGCCAGGAAGAGAUGGUAGUCCCGGGCCAACGGGUUUGCCAGGGCCAAAGGGUCAUACAGGGGCUCCAGGCACAGGAGCACCAGGGAAACCAGGCCAGAAUGGUACCCCAGGUAUGCCUGGACCCAUGGGGGCUAAAGGUCCACAGGGCCCUGCAGGUCAGCCAGGGUCCCCUGGCAUGCCAGGUGUUGGCAAAACAGGUGAGCCUGGAAUUCCAGGGAGUAGAGGAUCCCCUGGUACUCCUGGAACCACUGGUCAGAAAGGAGAGCCAGGACCAACUGGUUUUACUGGUCAGCCAGGUGCUCCUGGUCCUAUUGGACCAGCUGGUCCACAGGGAGCAAGAGGAUUCCAGGGUGAAGCAGGACCACAAGGACCCAAAGGUGACAUUGGUAUGGUAGGUGCACCAGGCCCAAGGGGAUCCAAAGGUGAGCAGGGAGCUCAGGGUUUCACUGGAAAACCAGGUACCCCUGGCGCAGUAGGUCCAUCAGGAAUACCUGGUCAUAAUGGUGCUCAGGGUCCAAAGGGUGCACAGGGCCAUGCUGGUCCCCCAGGAAUCCCAGGUUCAAACGGCGCCCCAGGAUUAAAAGGUCACACCGGCCCCCCAGGAGCACCUGGAAAAUCUGGUGAGAGUGGAAGGCCAGGACCCAUGGGACCAAGUGGUCCCCCUGGUCCAGCAGGUCCCCAAGGAUUUAAGGGCCAUCCAGGGCUUCCAGGCCCACCUGGCCCUGCUGGCAUGACAGCUAAGGGAAUUUCUGGUCCUCAGGGUCCUCCUGGAAUUCCAGGUGCCAGAGGUCAUGAUGGUCUUCCAGGUGCAGCAGGUCCUCCUGGUCCACCUGGCCCACCAGGAGAGGUGAUUUACCACCAUGAGAAGAGUAUGCCAAUCAAGUCCCACGAGGUUGUGAUGUCUCAUGAGAUGAUGAAGGCUCCCAUGUCCGCCUUCAGUGCUGUGCUGACCACGGCCUACCCUCCAGCUGCAACCCCUAUUCAGUUCAACCAGGUUCUGUACAAUGGAGAGCACCAUUACGAUGAACACACUGGUGUGUUUACCUGCCAGAUUCCAGGCCUCUACUAUUUCAGCUAUCAUAUGCAUGUCAAUGGAGCCAAUGCACUGGUCGCCCUCUACAGAAACGAGGAACCAGUUAUUUUCACCUAUGAUGAGUACAACAAGGGCUUCCUGGAUCAAAUGUCAGGCAGCACUGUUCUUAUGCUGCACGCUGGUGACAGAGUCUAUGUCCAGGUCCCUGAUGAGGAGAGUAAUGGUAUAUUUGCAGCAGAUAAUGUUCACUGCUCUUUCUCUGGGUUCUUGAUUGCCUCAACGUGAUUUCACAAAUCCAAAUUAACCUCAAAACCUUACAAAACAUUGAACUACUCAGAGAAAUAGAUCAAUUAAUGAAAACUCCAAAUUGAGAUUGUAGAUGAAAUAAAGAAUGGUUGUAUUUUUUGUAAGUUUAACUGCCUCAUUCUAAUCUUUACAACAAGAAAGCUUUCAAUUUACCAACAAAUUAUGUGACUUAAUAUGUCGCACAAUUUUAAAAUUGAUGGUUCAAACCUGUCCCCUCCCCCAGUUCACCAUGUGUGUGCCUUUGCAAUAUUAAGAAACAUGAAACUAUAUUGGAAGAUAUUUAAAGUGGUGCUUUACAACUGCCUGUAACAUUUACAGCAUGUCUUUUAUUUGUGUUUGUUUUUAUUAAUGUCUGUUGUUUAACAUUUUCCUGUAAUAUACAUACAAAAGACACACAAAACUGUUGUACUGUUAUUAGGAAUCUGCACGUUCUCACAAGCACUGUGAUCAGUAAAACACAGAAUGAGAAAUUCAAACUGCAUUUUUUUAAAACAACAAUGUCCCAUUGAUUAUGUUAAGUUAUGUACCACUUUCUGACCAAAACACAGAAUAAAAGUUCGAGUUUGAAAAGGAAAA